GCCUUUGGAAACCCCCCCCCCCUGGCUGACGCGAUAUCUGAGCCUUCCUAUCACGAUCUGACACGUCCGACUCGGACAUGGCUCACACCAAGAUGAAGCGUUUCUUCAGCGGAAAGGUCGGCGACGAUCGCGCGACGGAAGUAACACAAGCCGCGUCGCUAUGGCGAGCCGUGGCAUCUGUAGGCCGACCAGACACUACAGCCGCUUCUGACCCGCGACUCGCUGACCCGGGAAACGCCGAUGUUACGGAUACUUGUGCAGAUUGUUACUUAGAUGCGUCGGACGGAUCGGAAACAGGAACUUCCAGGUUAUUUAAUAGGCUACUAAUCAGGAAUCCGCUGAGAAUUUCUCGACGCGAUGUCGUGCGAGCAGCAGAUAUUUCCCUCGAGGACAGUUUCGUCUCAGAGACAGCUACUACAGGCGACGAUUGUCGACUGGAAGAUGACGUUGAAAUACGUGGAGUUAAUACUAAUAGUGCUAGUAGUAACACUGCUGGCAAAAGCACGACUACUAGUCUGAACGACAGAAAUUCCUGCCGCCCGACGGACCGAUGCCGUCACGGCGUCCGCCGUCAACCGAGCGCCGGUGACCGUCAGCAUGACGGCGAUGAAGACUCGGCUGAUCCCGGCGGGAACCGAGCAGGAAAACGGCAUUAUCCUAGCAAGAAACGCAGGCGAGUCUCAGUGUUCCACGUCUUAAUAGCUACCUGGAUACUGAUCGGCGUGGGCGUGUGCGUGUGGCGGUUCGUGGUGCGGCAGUACCAGUGGCAGGGGGAGCGGCGACUGGAGUUAAGGCAAUGGUGCUCGCAGCGAGCCAUGCUGCUGGAGCAGCAGCUGCUGGCGCACACCAGCCAGACGCAGACGCUGAUGGGUCUGGUGUCGUCCAUGGGUCGUGUAAGCGCGGACAACCAAUGGGGGCUGGACACGUGUCUGUCUGAGAGGCGGUGGCAGGCGUAUCUGAGUCAAACCACCUCCACCCGGCCAGGAGGUGCUGGGGCGUUCACCUGUCUCUAUGUUACCCAUGCCCAGAGGCGUGCCUUCGAGCUGCGGAGCAACGCCUCUGUCACUGAUGCGUUCACGGCCCUGCCACGUGCGCCUGCUCCCCUCUACUGCGCCAAGGUUCUGGACUUCGGUGAUAUGCCCGGCGCUGCACUACUCUCCGAUGCUCUCCAGGCCUUCCCCUCGGAGCUCGCUCUUGUGCGCGACUCAGCCAGAGAGGUGUUCACGCUGCCCUAUGCCAUGCCCGACUCUGGCACUGCUGGCCUGGGAGUGGUGUUUCCCCUGCUGCAGCUCCCACUACCCGCCUCCCCUUCACAGCAGCAGCAGCAGCAGCAGAAGCAGCAGCAGAAGCAGCAGCAGCAGCAAGGUGCAGUGGUGGGAGCAGUGGCCACAACAAUCAACCUGACUGCUGUAUUUCAGAGUGUGCUCGCUGAAAUCUUCUACUCGGCAUCCACAGGCACCGACCGAACAUUCGAGUUCUACGACACAACAGACCCGUCCGCCCCUCUCAUGCUGGCGGGCCCCACACCGCUCCUCUUCCAACCGCAACCCAACCAUUCAGUCGCCCCUCUGCUGCCGGUGCCCCCCUCUGUGCUGCGGCCAUGGGAGAAGAAAGCAGUGGUCAACCUCACACUACCGGCUGCUGGCCCCAGGAGCUACCAAGUGUGGUGCAGGUUCACGCAGCCCCCUUCUCAGUGGGUCGAGUACUGGAUGCCCAUUCUCUUUUCCCUGCUCGUCCUCGCACUGACAGCGCUGGUGGCAGCCGUGGCGUGGCUGCAGCGGCGGCAGUACGAGCAGAGCCGGCAGGCAGCAGCAGAGGCGGAUGGGUUGAGAGAAGAGGCAGAGGGCGCUGAGAGGAGCAAGAGCUGCUUCGUGGCCAGUAUGACGCACGAGCUGCGCACCCCCAUGAUUGGGAUCAUAGGCAUGCUGGACGUGCUAUCUGACUCUCAUCUCUCUAAAAGUCAGCACUCUGACUUGAGCACGGCACGUUCAUCCGCCCUGAAGGUGCUGAAGCUGGUGAAUCAGGUGCUGGACCUGUCCAAGCUCGAGGUGGGCCGAAUGCAGCUGGAGAGCGGCGGGUUCGACGUGCACGCGUGGGUGGAGGGGGAGGUGCGCCGGCGAUGGGGCGAGGCCAGGGAGAGAAACGUGCACUUGGCAGCAGUGGUGGAUCCCAGUGUGCCGCCACAGCUGGUGGGAGACCAGUUACGACUCGCUCAGGCACUCUCGCAAGUCAUGGACUAUGCCUUGUCAUUCACACCCCAUGGGGGCUACGUGCUGGUUCGUGUAGCUGUGGCCGAUUCUAACGUCCCUAUGACUCAGCUUGCCCAGUUAAAUGAGACCUGUUCUGCAGCUUGCAGCACUAGGGUAAUAACACUGAUCGACCCUUAUAGCGCGACGAAAACCGGGGAUGAUGACACGGCAGCAGCAACAGCAGCAGCAGCAGCAGCUUGUGUUGCUGAUAUUUCUGGGCUGCGCAGUGACCGACAGUGCUAUUGGCAUGCAUCCAAUGUUCAAAGUUCUGGCGGUUGCAUGGGCAGCCAUGGUUUCUGCAAAGGUGGUAACCGUCCUGUCAGUGUGGAUGGCAACCGUGCUGUGAACAUGCGUGGUAACCGUGCGUGCAAAGGGGAGAAGGGAGCAGCAGCAGCAGCAGCAGCAGCAGCAGCAGGAUCAGGCCAGAUGCAGCUGGUGAUAACGUGUGAGCAUAGCGGGUGUGACAACAGCGAGACCAUGAAUGCAUUCAUGUUUCGAUUUGAGGAGAUGCGGAGCUUGCAGGAGGGAGCCGAGGAAGCUGCUGCGAAGCUCAGCCUUGUGCUGGCCAAACAACUGGUGACUCUAAUGAAGGGUGACAUCAGCUGCAAGGUCGAUCCUGCUACAGGAACAGCAUUCACCCUCGCGAUACCUGUGCUCUCUGCCCCGCCGCUACCCCAGACAACCCUUCCCCAGUCAACCAUUUCCCAGAUAACCCUUCCUCAGACAAACCUUCCCCAGACGAAUUCGCCUGUUGCCAAGACCGUUUUUCCCCCUGCUGCUCCUGCUGCGGCUGUUGCUGGAGAGGCGGGUGUGCCUACAGAUGUACAUAUGGAGGGCGACAGUACAGCGCACAUGCAUGGCGAUGGUGCUGUAGAUACGGCUGGCAACGGUGCAGCACACAUGAGAGGCGUGGGAAUCUAUGGUGGGGACAUGCCGCACAACUCCAGUGGAUGCCUGGGCGUGGAUGCCUCAGGUCGUUCUGGUUUUGCGGUGCUGGUGGUGCUGGUGGUGCUGGUGGAUCGUCACAAGGAAAGGGCAAAGCUAACCGCCCGUGUGCUGGCUCACCUAGGGGCGUCAGUUCUGCUGGCUUCUGAUGAGCACGCUGCAGCUAGGCUCAUAGCUGAUCCUCACGCCUUCCACCAGCAAUCGAAUCAUUUCUGCUCCCACCAGCACUUAGCUAAGUUCUGUGGGAAGCCGCUGGUGGUGGUAGUGAGUGGGGAAGCUGGUCUGAGGCGGUUCAGGCAGGCCUGUGAUCGGUUAGGGGAACAGCAGCAGCAGCAGCAGCAGCAGCAGCAGCACCACCACCACCACCACCACCAGCAGCAUCAACAGCAGCGGCAGCAGCAAAUAGGGAAGCUUCUACCCCUGUCUGGCUGUGUUGUGCUUGUAGAGAGGCGUGACAGUACAGAAGGAGCAAUGGAGCAGGUUGCAGAGAGUUCAGACAGGGACGAGAUUGAAGCAGACAGUUUGCACUCUUCAGCCGAGUCUGCAACUCCGGACAAGUCUUCCCAGGCACCACUAGAAUCUCACCCUCCACCGUGUGAACCGCGGGUACUUGAGGCUGGUGCGGUGCAUGGCGCUAGCACCUUUGGAGGGGUUCCAGUGGUGCUGUGCCAACUGCCCCUCUUCUCCCACCGCCUACUCGCUGCUGUUCAGGCUCUUUCCAUGCCCUUGCUCCACCCGUCUGACGUAGCAGCAGUAGCACAGCCAGCAGUUGCUGCUUCUUCACCGACAAAUCUGCCUGCUACAGCUGCUACAGCUGCUGCAGCUGCUACAUCUACCAAUGCUUCUCUUGCUACAGAUUCAUUGGCUGUUGCUCCCACCAGUGCCACCAGUGACAGUUUAGGAAAGAGGAUGUCACUAGUUGAGGGCAGGGGGAGGGGCGAAGGGGGAGAAGGAGUAGCAGCUGCAGUAGGGAAAGCAGGGGGGGGAGGAGGAGCAGAAGCACCAGGAGGAGAAGGGAGAGAUGUUCUAAAUGGACUGAGAAUUUUGGUGGUGGACGACACGGGUGUGAACCUGGUGGUGGCCCGCCGCACUCUGAGUCGAUGCGGCGCCGCUGUGGCCACGGCAGGCAGCGGGGUGGACGCAGUGAGGCGGGUGAAGGAGGCUCUGGCUGUUGACAAGGGUGCUGCUGCUGAAACUGAUGAGAGCAAGGCGUUGGAUGUGGUGCUGAUGGACCUGCAGAUGCCAGGCAUGGAUGGGUUCGCAUCAACCAAGGCAAUCCGACAAAUGGAAGCAGAAGCAGCAGCAGCAGCAGCAGAGAGCGCAGCAGGGAGCACCGCAGAGAUAGCAGAACAGCAGAGCCAGGUUGGUGUGGGUAGCCAUGCAGGACGAGACUCAGGAGAAGAUUAUAGAGGUGGUUGUACGUCUGAUUCAAGGCCAGGUUCAACAGCAGUUGAUUCUACAGCAAGGUCCCGAUGCAUAGAUGUCGGUUCCAGCAACCACACUCUGGUUGCCAGUACCGCUAAAAGCAUUGGAGGCGCACAUGUCAACAGCACGAGGCCAUUGGUUAUCAUUGCGCUGACUGCUGACGUGGAUGCAGAGGUCACUCGGCAGUGCCUUGCUGGUGGCUUCCAUGGCAUCCUGCAGAAGCCCAUCCAGCCCUCUGCUCUCCGCAUGCUGCUGCAACCGCUGGUUGGUCAUUGAUGCUGUUACCAGCAACAACAAUGUGGUUACUGGUGUCAACAUAUAAUUUGUACAUGUUACAGGCUAGUUAGGUGCAUGCUCAUAUAGAGUAUUACCCCUUAGGUUAUAUCCCCUUGUACCACCUCAUUCU